AUGGUGACUCCAGUCUACCUCCAAUGCGUCCUCUUCUUGCUCUCUCUCCACUACUGCUUGACCUCGGCCCAAAAUAGCGUUGGAAGCUUCUUCACAGCAAUCUACCUCAAUGGCGCUCCUGUCGCCUCCUACCAAACAUCCUGCUCCAACAUGGGCCAAUCGCAAUACUGCUGCAACUCUGGUCAAUCAUGCGCCUGGGACGAUGCAGGGAAAGUCGCGUGUUGCGCGUCUGGGUACAACUGUCAGGGUAGCGCAUACAGCUCCAAUGCAGGCGCUGCAGGGCAAUAUUAUCCCUCGUCAUCAUCAACAUGGAGUCAAGCGGAGCAAACCACGACCGUCUACGAAAGUGCCAGUCAGAACUGCAAUUGCGAAUCGUCGACCGCGCCGAACGUCGUCCCAAUUGUCCCCGUGACAGAGACGACUGUCGAGUCUUACUACUCUCCAACGACAACGAGCUACUACAGCCCCACCACAUCAGCAUACUCUCCCUACACGACGACUACAACAGCGGCAGCAGGACAAGAGGCGGAGGUGACGAGCUCGGGCAGUUGUUCAACGGGAUACAAAACCAUAGUAGAGGCGAACGUUGGUGCCCCCACACGAACCGUGGGCUGUUAUGUCAUCAUCAACGAGGGCGGGAAGCGGACGAGGGGCCAAGGGGGCGGAGUGGAGGUGUUGCUGGGGGCUAUGAGCUUUUUGGCCGUCGUAACAAGCAUGCUGUAG